UUAACGGCCCGUCCGCUGUCGGAACGGCGGCUGUCGGUGGUCCAAUAAGUGAGAGCGAGCUCAGCCACUCGCUCAGUCUCUUCCUCCUCGCUCGCUCUCACUCGUCCUCAUCCUCUCCCUCUCCCUGGUGCUGUUAGCUAGGUCAGCCUAUCGCCGUCGCCGCCGCGGCCAUUGCUGCCGGUAGAAGUUGAGGAUGCCAUCCUGGAAUGACGAGGAGAGCUCGGACGAGGACAUGAACAUGGUUUCAAUGGAUCCUCAGCUCUUUGAAACCCCUGACAGUGUGGUGGAACCAACUUUUUGUGGUUCUUACACUGAAUCUGAGCCGACGUGCAUGAUGCAUCAUCAGAGGCCGAAGAAGAUGGUGGCUUUUGAAGGUGCUUUGACUGGGAGGCGAUUCCUGGGUUGUCCUAUGCAGCAGGAUGUAGGUGUGAACUGUGGGGUUGUGGAGUGGGUGGAUGGUCCUUGGCCAGAGAUUCUACAAAGGUGCCUAACCAGGAUUUGGGACAUGUACCAUGAGCAGAACUUGGGAAGGGUGAAUGACAAACAAGCCCAUGAGAAAGAGGUGGCCAAGCUACAGAAGGAAAUUGAUUUCCUGUCAAACAACUACAGCCAGUUGGUGGAAGAUGUAUCCAAGCUAUUUGACUAUCAAGAUGGCAAGAUGUCUCAUGACAUGGGCUAUACCAGUCAGGCAAUCAAUGAACUAAAUGAGAAGAAGAAACAACUUGAGGAUCAGGCAAAGAUUGAGUUAAGUAUGGAGAAGAUGAAGCUUGCCAAGGAGCAAAGGUGCAUUCUUCAAAGCCAAGCAGAUAUCAUUCAGAACAUGAGGAAGGCCAUGAAGGAAGUGGAGGGGGAGAGGGACCUACUAAGGCAAGAGAAGAAGAAGCUGGAGUAUCUGAUUGCUGAUCUGCUCAAGGCUGGGCAUGCCAGCAAAGAUAAACUGGAGAGGAUCAAGGCAAUUAUGAAUGAGUGAAGUGGUUGGUGUGUGGGUUAAGUAAUUAGUAGGCCUAUAUAUAUAGCUGGCCUUGGAAUGUCAUGCAUGAUAGGUACUUAGGUGUAUAUUUUGGGAAAGUUUCAUGUGCUUUUAGAAUGGUAUGAGGGAGGGAGGUACUGUUAUGGUUUAAGAACUAGUUGGUUUUAUCUAUGAUGUAAUGACUAUUAUGUUAAGACCUACUAUGCUAAGUGAGUACUGUAGGGGAACGCGGCAGAAAACAAAAAAAU